UUUUCUAUAGCUACAAUGAAAAAUUAUUUGAAGAAAUGGAGUCCGUAAAUGACACCACCGUGACAGAAUUUGUUCUCACGGGUCUGUCUCAGACUCGAGAAGUGCAGCUAGUCUUGUUUGUUAUGUUUUUAUCCUUCUAUCUGUUUAUACUUCCGGUGAAUAUCCUCAUUAUCUGUACCGUCAGGCUUGAUCCCCACCUGACUUCUCCCAUGUAUUUCCUGCUGGCUAAUCUAGCCUUUCUUGAUAUUUGGUACUCCUCCAUCACAGCACCUAAGAUGCUUGUAGACUUCUUUGUGGAAAGGAAGAUCAUUUCCUUUGGUGGGUGCAUUGCUCAGCUCUUCUUUUUACACUUUGUUGGGGCCUCUGAGAUGUUCCUGCUCACAGUGAUGGCCUUUGACCGCUAUGCUGCUAUCUGCCGCCCUCUCCAUUAUGCGACCAUCAUGAACCGACGUCUCUGUUGUAUCUUAGUGGCUCUCUCCUGGACAGGGGGCUUCGUUCAUUCUAUAAUACAAGUGGCUCUCAUUGUUCGACUCCCAUUUUGUGGGCCCAAUGAAUUAGACAACUAUUUUUGUGACAUCACACAGGUUGUCCGGAUUGCCUGUGCCAACACUUUCUGGGAAGAGUUAGCGAUGAUUUUUAGCAGUGGCCUAAUUUCGGUGGUGUGCUUCAUUGCUCUGUUAAUGUCUUACGCAUUCCUUCUGGCCAUGCUCAAGAAACACUCAAGCUCAGGUGAGAGCACCAGCAGGGCCGUAUCCACCUGCUAUUCCCACAUCACCAUAGUAGUGCUAAUGUUUGGACCGUCCAUCUACAUUUAUGCUCGUCCAUUUGACUCAUUUUCUUUAGAUAAAGUGGUAUCUGUGUUUCAUACUGUCAUAUUCCCUUUACUCAACCCCAUCAUCUACACAUUACGAAACAAAGAAAUAAAGGCAGCCAUGAAGAAGUUGGUGAAUAGAUAUAUUUUUUGUAAAGAAAAGUGAAAAAUAAAUGAUAUAUUUUACGUUCUGUGAAAGUAGGAAGCGGUGGUAACGU